AACGAGGAGGAAGCGACCAGUUUUGGAGUUUAAAAUUUAGCGAGUAAUCAAAGCUAGCGAGCGCUAAAGUUUGUUUUGACGUUUUAGUAAGAUAGAAAAGCAGUGAUGGCGCUACGUCCGAAAGGUUUCUCCACCCACGACCAAGGAUUUUCCAUUAACCAGUGCCGUAAUUAAAUCCACCCAAUGAGCUCGUAAAGAUCUCCUUCCUCCACCAUGCGAAAGUUCCACCGCUUCCUGGCGUUCACCGUGGCGCUGCUUAUCCUGUACCUUGUCUACCGCUACUCGUUCCAAGUGGACAGCGACGGGCACUAUCUGUUCCUGAAGCCCCUGGAAGCGACCGGUUCCGGCAGUGGACGCGGCUACCUGACGUUGCUGCAAAGCGCCGAUGGCAACGAGGGCGACGAUACGCGGGAAUCUCCGGCGGAUCCCAAGCGGUUGGUAAAUCUGACGGACUUUCGCUUCCAAAUUGGGAACGACAUCUGCAAGGAGAACGGGAGCUUCUCCGAGCUGCUGGGAGUUAUCCUGGUGACGUCCUACGUUGGAAAUGAUGCGCUCAGGUCGGCUCACAGACAAGCUAUUUCGCAACAGAAGUUGAUCUCGAUGGGAUUGCUACGGAUUUUUUCCUUGGCAGCUAUUCCGAGCAGGGAGAAGUUUAUGGUUCAAAAAGCCAUCGUUGAUGAACAGCGAAUUUUCGGAGAUUUGAUACAAGGAGAGUUCCUAGAAGCUUACAGAAAUCUCACGUACAAACACAUAAUGAGUCUGAAAUGGGGAACCGAACAUUGCAGAAAAGCCAAGUUCCUGAUCAAAAUGGAUGACGACAUCGUUUACGAUCCGUUCUACAUCCAGAACUAUCUGUCCGAUUUGGACAGUCAUCAAAAGCCGGAACAGCGGUACCUUUUAGCAGGUUUCACCUUCACCAACAAAAAGGUGAUUCGCCUAAAAGCCAACAAGUGGUUUGUCAGCCGAGAUGAGUUUCCUGCCGACGUGUAUCCGCCGUAUCUGUCCGGUUGGCUUUACAUCACGAACCAGCGGACGGCUCGGGAGUUGGUGCUCCAGUCGGAGCGCACACCAUUUUUCUGGAUCGAUGACACGUACGUGACGGGAAUUCUCGCCGAGCGAGCCCACAUCCAGCUGACUAGUCUGAACAAGUGGUUCAGCGCCAACUCGGAGUUUCUGGACUGCUGCAUCCGGGACAUGAAGCGCUUCUCGUACCAGUGCGAUUACUACGUGGGACCUAACGGUGGCAACCAACGGCUCAUCAUGGACUUUGUUCAGGAGCUGGAACGGUGCUACGAUAAUGCGUGCUAUCAGCGACCAAGCGGCAAACCGUUGACCAAGACGUGCGUGGCCGAGUACCGGAACCACGGGAUGCAGGACCACGGAACGGCGAUGGUCAGCAUGAUGCGACUGUAAAGGUCACGUUUACGGAAUCGAUGUUUGAAUCUCAAUAACCGUCCAUUACUUAAUCGGUUUCAACCAACAGAAUCAUAAGGAUUUUGGUGACCUUCUCAAUGUAAUCCGAUAAACUUUUUCUAAAUGUUUUGAAAUAUUUCUACAAGAAACAAAUAUUUGUGCCAACGAAAAACAACAUUCCACUUACAUUUGUUACCGAUAAGCUAGCUUUAAGAGUGCCAUUACGAACAAAAUAGUAACUGCAUUAAAUUCAUCUGCAUGUCAUAAUCUUCACACCGCAAAUGUACCCGUAAGCUGCCAUUAGGUUUUUAACGACGAUGAGGAGAUCAACGAAGUAAACCCAAGAACCCGUAAAGUAUUCCCAGAAUCUGUGAUAAGCCGGAUUAUUGCGUUUAGAUAAAUCGUAUAUUUACUGUAUUCAGAGCACUAAUCUUAUGCAGAGCACAGAGAAGGCCAUAACUCAGAUCGUCUUAAUUACUUUGGUAACUCGCCAAAACCCUCCGGAAUGAUCUAAAACUUGUAGCACAAAAAAAAAACACUAAAAAUUAAAAUAAAUGUAUUACAAAGUA